AUGAUGGGGUUCAACCGUGUCUACUUCAUCUAUGCACUCUUUCUUACCAUUCUCGUAAACGCCAACGCUUCAAUUCAUCACUACACCAACCAACCCUUCACUCACCGUUCCAACGCUUUCUUCUUCCACGCCGGCACCGAAGCUAUCUUCUCCUCCUCUUCCUCUUUCAUCAGGUUUGAAACGGUGUCCUUCACCAGACCCAGAGAAUCUGCUCUCACCCAUGGCCAAAUGCAAACCCACACUGGUCUUGUUGAAGCUAUUAUUCUUGAAGUUAAGGACAGAAACAGAAUUGGUGGAUUCUAUUUUAAUCCCAAAUCUGAUUUCAUUUGUUGUACCCCUGAUCUUGCUAAACAGUAUAACUGUAAUCUGGGCGAAGUUAUCAUUCAUAAUAAUCCUGAUAAGCCUGACUUUCCCAAACGGAUCAAAACCUUUUUCCGAGGAAUCGAUGAAGUUGCUCGCAUGGAUCCUCAAACUGUUGAAAUCAAUGCUACUGGGAUGUAUUAUCUUUACUUCAUGUUUUGUGAUCCUAACCUCAAAGGGACUACUGUUACAGGAAAAACUGUGUGGAGAAAUCCUAAUGGUUAUCUUCCUGGUAAAAUGGCACCUCUUAUGACCCUUUACGGUUUCAUGUCUUUGGCUUAUCUGUUACUAGGUCUUCUAUGGUUUUUGAGGUUUCUUCAGUUUUGGAAAGAGAAGGAUAUUGUUCAUGUCCACCUUCACUACCAUAUCACCGCUGUUAUUGCUCUUGGGAUGUGUGAGAUGGCUUUAUGGUAUUUUGAGUAUGCCAAUUUCAAUGUUACUGGCACCAGGCCUAUGGGAAUUACCAUAUGGGCUGUUACUUUCACAUCUGUUAAGAAGACGCUUUCGAGGUUGCUUCUGCUUGUUGUAUCUAUGGGAUAUGGUGUUGUCCGUCCUACGCUUGGUGCACAGGGGGUUACAUAUAGAGUUGUGCUUCUUGGGGUCAUGUACUUUGUUGCAUGUGAAGCGUUUGAGCUUGUUGAGCAUUUGGGGAACAUCAAUGACUUCUCUGGGAAAUCUAAGUUGCUGUUGGUACUCCCUGUUGUUUGCCUUGAUUCCUGCUUCAUCCUCUGGAUCUUUUCUUCCUUGUCUAAAACCUUGGAGAAACUGCAGACGCGGAGAAACUUAGCUAAGCUGGAGAUCUAUCGAAAAUUUACAAAUACCCUUGCCGUGUCUGUGCUACUGUCCAUUGCAUGGAUUGGCUUUGAGCUGUACUUCAAUGCAACUGAUCCUCUAAGCGAGCUGUGGCAAAUUGCUUGGAUUAUUCCUGCUUUCUGGUCCCUGCUUUCAUAUACUCUCUUGCUGGUGAUAUGUGUACUCUGGGCUCCUUCUCGAAACCCUACUAGGUAUGCAUACUUAGAGGGAACAGAUGACAUUGACGAGGAAGGUAUCUCUCUGACAAGCAGCAUUGCAAAGAUGAGUGGGGAUGUGACGGCCAAUCUUGAGCGGAAAGAAAGAAAAGGUUCUAGUGCCACAAAUCUUGCAAUUGCAGAAGAUAUUGAGGAGGAUAAACGAGAAUAA